AUGACAAAAGCAAACGAAAUAAUCUCCUUCGAUUCCCUUCCACUAGACCCAACAGGUCCACGAGGAAAUGCCUGGGGUCGAUUUGGAAAAGAUGACCAACUUGGGACAUUGAACCUGCUCACUCCCGAGCGAAUCGUCCAAGCCGCGAAAGAAAUUCAAACUGGCGUGCGAAUCUCGCUUGACUGGCCGCUGAGCAUGCCUUCACAUCCUAGCUUCAAUCGCCAUCCAUUUAAGCAGGAGAUUAUUCUUCGGAAUCCAAAUUGUGUUUAUGAUGACAUCCUGACAUUCAAUAGCCAGGGGUCUACCCAAUGGGAUGGAUUUAGACACUACGCAAACCAGAAGUCUCGACAGUUCUAUAACGGACAUACCACUGAAGAGAUAGAGACAUCAGAUAUCAUUGGAAUUCACUCCAUAUGUGAACAUGGUGGAAUAACAGGCCGUGGCGUCCUCCUCGACUACGCAGAAUGGGCUACCACAAACUCACUCACCAUCUCUGCCCUCAAAUCUGAGGCAAUCACCGUCGAGAACCUGAAACAAGUGGUGAAAGACCACAACCUCAAUUUCCAAAAGGGUGACAUUCUUUUCAUCCGCAGCGGAUUCACGGCCGCAUAUAACAAGCUGGACAAUCAGCAGCAAAAGGAUCUGGCGCUACGGUCAUCGCCGGAUUUUAGCGGCGUCGAGGCGACCGAGAGUAUGGUGCGGUGGUUAUGGGAUCAUCAGUUCUCUGCUGUCGCUGGUGAUGCGCCGAGUUUUGAGCGUGCGCCUAUUAGAGGUGCCCAUGCGGAUCCGAAUUUCAAUUUGCAUGAGUGGGUGCUGGCGGGUUGGGGAACUCCUAUUGGGGAGAUGUUUGAUUUGGAGAAGUUGUCAGAGCAUUCCCUCUACGACUCCUCAGUCCUCCACAGCAACAAUCCUCAAAUCAUUCCAUCUUCCCUUUUAUACACUUCUUCAAGACACUUGAUACUCUCACCCACCAUGCCUAUCGAAGUCCCCCAAUCCAGCUCCCUAAAAGACCUAUUCAGUCUCAAAGACAAGGUCGUUGUCGUGACCGGUGCCUCUGGCCCCCGAGGAAUCGGCCUCGAAGCAGCCCGCGGCUGUGCUGAAAUGGGCGGCAACAUUGCAAUCACAUACUUCACACGACGCGAGGGGGCCGAAGCAAAUGCCAAAGCCCUACAGGAGGAGUAUGGCGUCCAAGCCAAAGCAUAUAAAUGCGACACAUCAAAAUGGAACGAUGUGCAAGAGCUAGUCGCAAACGUGAUCGCCGACUUCGGCAGGAUCGACUCGUUCAUCGCGAACGCGGGCCGUACCGCCGACGCCGGUGUUCUCGAUGGCUCGGUUGAGGCGUGGGAGAAUAUUAUGCAAGCGGAUCUCAACUCCGUCUUCUACUGUGCUAAGGCUGUUGGCCCGCAUUUCAAGGAGCGUGGAAAGGGAAGCUUUGUGAUCACUGCUUCUAUUUCGGGACAUAUUGCCAAUUACCCGCAGGAGCAAACUUCGUACAAUGUUGCUAAGGCUGGGUGCAUUCAUAUGGCUCGCUCAUUGGCUAAUGAGUGGAGGGACUUUGCUCGUGUUAAUAGUAUUUCGCCUGGAUAUGUCAACACCGGGUUGGGGGACUUUGUGCCCGAGGAGAUUCAGAAGAGUUGGAAUGAUAUGAUUCCUAUGGGUCGCCAAAGUGAUCCUAAGGAGUUGAAGGCGGCUUAUGUUUACUUUGCUAGUGAUGCUAGUAGUUACACUACUGGCGCGGAUCUGCGGGUUGAUGGAGGUUACAUUUGUCGGUGA